CAACAACAACAACGCAAUAUAUUAAGGAUUAAUAAAAAUUUUAAUAAAUUCGUACAAAAAACUAAUGAAAAUACCAUAGGAAGGCGGCCAAUAUCGUCCCUAUAUUUAACGCAAGACAAAUCGUCCAUGCUUAACGGACGACAUUUUAAUGGAUAUAAAAGCAUUAACAACGAUUUACCUAUAUUCGAUCCUAUGCCGGGUAGGGAAAGCGUUAAAGACGCAGAGAGACCCUUGAUAUUUAUUUAUAACAAUGCCCGAAUGUUGUUGAAUAGCAUGUUAGGAAAAAGGAAAUAUCGUAUGAGUGAACCGAUGCCGGGACAAAUUCUCUAUCCACCACGAAACCUAAAAUUGAAUACUAAAAAGCGAACAAUUAGCCCAUCAAAGAAAACGAAGCCUUUCGCCGCGAACGGUGGAAAGAGGAUGAAUGCGAUGCCUUUUACUAUUGAUGAUGCGAAAAACUAUAAAGCCUAUUACGCUAGACACCAGGUAAUGUGGCAGCCCCUUAUCAAAUAUUUCACUAAAGCUAAAACGAAAGCGAACACCGUGAAACAACUCAGUAGCAGGAAAUACGACGAGAAGCCUAACGAGGAGAAUCGUACUUGGUUUAUAAUAAAUGGCAGAUAUAAGGGCCCAUCGACAGUCAAUGCUACUACAACUUUACAUUCUUCCAAAUAUAUACAGACUUAGCUUAAGAUA